GCCAAGGCAUUCGCAUGCUUAUGCUUGCCUCCUUGAUCGAAACAAUUCCUGCUCGUCCUUGGAGUGCAGCAUUCUCCUUCUCCCCCCAUAUCAAACAUCGGGAGAGCCCACUGAUUGACGUCUCGCUGGUCAGAAUCAUGUCUGCUUCGCCGGAUCAGCAAGGUACCCGGCAAGGCCUCCGAGUCAUCCACGCCGGCCUCUACCGCACGGGGACAAUGUCAAUUGCCCGCGCCUACGAGCGGCUGGGAUACAAGACGCAUCAUGUGUCCACUGUCAACCCAGUCAAGACGCCCUGGGUCUCAGUCGAGCACGCCGCCGAAGCAACAUGGCCCUCGAUCCCGGGCCUCGACCCCAGCCGGCCCAGACCACGAUACACGCGCGCCGACUGGGACGCCGCGUGGGGCGAGUACGACAUCGUCACGGACCUCGUCUCGCCUUUCGCGCCCCAGCUCAUCGAGGCGUACCCCGACGCCAAGGUCGUCGUCGUGCAGCGCGACUUCGACCCCUGGUGGGCGAGCAUGCAGGGCACCAUCUUCAUGUUCCUCGACGAGCCCGACGCCGCCAUCAAGCGCUUCGUCGGCGGCGUCCUGCUCGGCAUCAGGGGGGGACACGCCAUGCGCAAGAUCCUCCUCGGCUUCUUCGGCGUGGAGCGCAAGGAGGACAUCACGGAGGUAGUGGCGCGGGCCAAGUACGACGAGUACUAUGCGCAGAUCCGCAAGAUGGUGCCGCCGGAGCGGCGGCUCGAGUACAGGCUCGGCGAUGGCUGGGAGCCGCUGUGUGCGUUCUUGGGCAAGGAUGUGCCUGACGAGCCGUUUCCUCGCUUGAACGACACGGUGGCGUUUGGCCUGCUCGCACAAGAGGCGGGCAAGCAGAUAAUACAGACUCGGAUCAAGGAAAAUGCACCACGGCUGCUUCUUGUUGUGGUCGUGCUUGUUGCUUGGUUCAUGUAUAGGCGAAGCACUUUGUAGAGAGUUGCUGUUUUGAGCCACAUGUUACGCCGAAGCGAUAGUGUCGUAUAGUUGUGGAAGUUUGGUACAGUUCAAGCAUAGAGCCGAAGCCCUCCGCGG